AUAAAUCAUCUCUCUGAAUUACUUCAAACUAGUAAAAGUUAUAUUUAAGUAAAUCCAAUAUAGUUAAAUUGAGUGAAAAGAAGGCAGUAAAAAAUUAUAAUUUUAGUCAUUAAAAGAAGAAAAAUUUUCUUCAAUGUUUAAAAAUAUUUUUCAAAAUAUUAAAGUCUUAGCACAAAUCAAUUCCAUGAGCUCACGAUCAACAUCUACAGCGACCAAUUAUGGAGAUUAUGUUAAAUUUCUGGAAUUAGUUGGAAAUUGCAAAGUAAGUUUUGAAUUUCAUCAGAAAAAAAUGCUCAAUUGACCUCGAAAAAGGAAAAAAAAGUAGGAACAAGAAAAAGAAAAUCUUUUUUUUUCAUGGUCAUAGCUAUAAAGUAUUGUCAUUUUUCACUGCAUUAAAUACACACAAAAACCAGAUGAUGAUGAUAUUUGUGUAUACAAAAAAGUGUUUCUCUCAAUCUUCGUCACAUGAUAGAUACUUCCAAUGUUGCCUUCAUUGUAGUCACAAAAAAGCUUUCAAAUUAAGCGUACAGGAUGGGUACUGCGCAAUGUUGAUGAUCCAGAAACAAUAUCAGGACAUAUGUAUCGGAUGAGUGUCAUGUCAUUUAUUAUUCCUAAGGAGAGUGAAAUUGAUCGUAUAAAAUGUAUGAAGCUAGCAUUAAUCCACGACUUGGCUGAGAGUAUAGUUGGAGACAUCACACCUUAUUGUGGCAUUAGUAAGCAGGAAAAGAGGCUAAGGGAGCAUAAUGCAAUACUUGAGAUAUGUAGUUUGCUUGAUAAAAACAGUUCUGAGGAAGUUUUGACUUUAUUUGAAGAGUACGAGAAUCAAGAAACAGAUGAAGCACAACUUGUGAAAGAUUUUGAUCUUUACGAUAUGAUAUUACAAGCAUACGAGUAUGAGAAACGCGAUCAAGCACCAAACAAGUAUGAGGAGUUCUUCAUCAACACUAAAGGAAGAUUCAAGACAGAUUUCGUUCGGAAGUUGGUCGAUGAAUUGCAGAAACAACGUGAGGAAUUUCAUGAAAAUUUCACAUCAAAUUUAAAGAAGGAGAACCAAAGUGCAAGUUGAUCGAAAGAGCAAUCUUAAAACCCAUAUAUACAUAUACUUAAAUCUAAAUUUAGCUAGCCCAAGUCUCACUCAAAAAAGUGCUAUUGAGAAAGAAGAAAAUUCAAUUUUUCUUUAUUUUAAGAGAAAAAGAUCUCCAUUCACUAACAAAAAAAUCUAUAUUUUUUAUUUUCUGUCUUUUGUUAUUUAUUUUCCUUUCAUUUACGGGUAUCAUAUCCGAUAAUUUGUAAUGUGCAAGUGAUUGACAUUUGAUUUUUUUUUUUGAUGAUGAUUGAAAUUUGAUAGAGGAGUAAUAAAAGCGAUGUGAAAGAAGCAUAGAAGGCUAAUAA